AUGGAGAGCUCAGUUGGGAAGGAAAACCCUUUUUCACAGGAUUCAAUCACUCAAGACAAUAAUAUAUCCCACAUACAGACACAUUCCCAGUCGGAUAAGACCGCCCUUGUCAUUCAUAUGAAUAAAGAAAACGAAUCAAUGAACGCCAUCACGCCAACUGAAUGCAUUGAUCACCUUAAGUUUCUCGCCGCCGUAGCAGAAUUACAACGCAGCAUCAGGUCAUCAGACGGGCUGUUUGGGAUUAAUGAAAUAGGGGAGCUUGCUGACAUGCUCAAUGAUGCGGAUAUUCGAGCCCGCAUGGAAGAAAAGAGAUGGCAAGUGUAUGUUUCUCGUGCCGUGGACCGUUUCAGGGAAUGGUGGGUGAGUCUACCGAAAUAUAAAAAGCAGCCGACAGUAAUGUCAUUGAAACGAUAUGAGAUGAAUCCAUUGACUUUGGAUGACAACAUUGGUAUCUCUUUGAGUGAACCAGAACUUCCUCCUUUAGAUAUUCUCAUGGUUUGGCAUUCCUUCAUGCUAAAUCCUCGUGCGUAUCUAGAAGACUGUUUCCGGCAGGCAAAAAUGAAUUUAUGGGCAACUCCAUUUCCAUGGGAUUUAGUUACCCAAUGCAUCUCAAUGGACGAUGAGAAACGGUAUUACUACCACCCAAGUGAGAAGGCUCACCAGCAAUGGAAUAUCCGGACCGGUAGGAAAUGGGACAACCUUGAGGAUCCGCUUCAUCAUGCACUCAAAUGCCCUUUCUGCCACAAGAAGACUCGCGUUCUCUGGACGAAAGCACGUAUCACCAUGUUAGAUCCCACUAGGGCGUCCCUCCGAGGCAUGACCCCCGGCUUCGAAAACGCCGAUGGCUACGCCGACAAGUCUUUUAGUAUUUCAUGCUCUGGCUGUCAUGAACAACUGGAUCAUGAUUACUUGUCCUUUAUCAAGUUCAGAAUUGACAACAUCGCAUUGAUCAAACAGCAUUUACCUCUUCCAGGAACGCUAUACGAUCCCAAUGGAGUAGUGAAAACCUCAGAAAAAGGAAAAGUCAAGUGGCCUCAACUCACUCCAAACUAUCUUUUCUUAGAUUCUGGCCGUGAAUUUGGCGACAGAAUGGGAAAUCGAGCAAACGAAUGUCGAUCUGUUCGACAACUCGCCGAUUUGAUAUAUGAACAUGUCUAUCGUCACAACCGAAAGAUCCAGGUCUUGGACAUGGACUCUGAGUUGGCUAAUAGCGAUAUGUUUGAUUUGCCUGAAGAUAUGUUCAACACAUCGAAAGGGAAAGGCCGUGGUACACUACGUCGCAUGAUGUCUCGGUAUUGGGGUAACUCUUCCAUGUUCGCAAUUGACCUUGUGGGAGCAGUCAUCAGACAAGGGAGCUUUGUACAGAAGAUGCAGAAACUCAAUUGGCUUCACUCGCGCUCAGUGUCGGCCUUGCAUCCACUUAUGGAGAAAUUCAUCACAAAAUACUACAUCUUCUGGAAAAUUAUUGUGGACAACCCUUCACAAAUGGUCGUCCCUACGUUGGACGUUGACCUUGUAUGGCAUACUCAUCAACUGAACCCAAAAAAUUAUUACACUUAUUCAAUUAAAACGACGGAACGAAGAAAACCGGUGCGGUUCAUUGACCACAAUGAUAGGAUUGACGAGGGCCGGCUAUCCGACUCCUUCGAAUGGACCGUUAGGCAAUACCGCAAGGUUACGGGUGGUGAGCUCUAUAGCGAAUGCUUCUGUUGGUAUUGUGAAGCGACACGAGGAAAGAGGCUCUUUGAGAAGCUGUCAUUGUCAUCCAAAAAUAUUAAAGAACUGGACCAACCAAAAAACGAGAAGAACGAUACCACAUCGAGCUUAGAAGAGAAUGUGUCAACGCAUAUUUCCCCCCAUAACGCGGUGAGAGCGCCUGAUCAAGUUCCACGUCGGAGCAGACAAAGACUCGAAAGAAUUAUUCGGGAGCACCAUAGACGAGAUGCAGUCAAUGGAAAGGGGUUAAAGACGAACAAAAACCAAAACGAACGGACCACGCUUUUCGAGCUGUUCGAGAAAGAUCCCCCGUUGCAUCACGAUGUAUAUAUCAAUAAUCCUGCGUGUUUGAGCAUGGGUAAAGAUGCCGUAGGUAACUGUAUAGGAGGGUCGUGUAGUCCUUCUAUGGCGGCUGGUAGUUGUGGAGGCUCUACAUUUACAUCCCUUUGCGCAUCAGGAGCUAAGAAACACGGCACAGGAUUUGGUUAUAUGCAAUACAGGGGAGCUGGGGGUGUAGGUGGAGGUGGCGGCGUUGGUUGUGGUGGAGGAUGUUAA